UUUAUAUAUUAAAAGAAAAAGCAAACGGUUUUCUGGGGGUUUUCCGUUUUCCCGAAUUGAUCCUUAUCAAACCCUUGAUCGGAAAACCGGAUUUUUGGGUUGGAUUUAUCAUCCGAUUGGUAUUUGCGUAUAUAUUCGACCAAUCAUCAAGAUCUUAGCGUACAGUUGUCCACUCCCUCAAUCGGAUCAGUCAUCAAUCAAUCAUGAACAUAUUCAAGAAGAAACCCACCCCUAAAGAAGCACUUCGAGAGAGUAAACGAGAGAUGUCCAAUGCUACUAGAGGUAUAGAGAGGGAAAUCACAGCAUUGCAGUUAGAGGAAAAGAAGCUUGUUGCUGAGAUAAAGAGAACUGCUAAAACAGGAAAUGAGGCAGCAACAAAGAUUUUAGCACGCCAAUUGGUGAGGCUUAGACAACAAAUAGCCAACCUACAAAGUAGUCGGGCUCAAAUGAGGGGCAUAGCAACACAUACACAGGCAUUAGCUGCACACUCUUCUGUGGCUGUUGGGAUGAAAGGUGCUACCAAGGCAAUGGCAGCAAUGAAUAAGGAAAUGGCUCCUGCAAAGCAAAUGAAAGUGAUGCAAGAUUUCCAGAAGCAGUCUGCACAAAUGGAUAUGACUACUGAAAUGAUGUCAGAUGCGAUAGAUGAUGUUCUUGAUGAUGAUGAAGCUGAGGAUGAAACUGAUGAUCUCACCAACCAGGUGCUAGAUGAGAUUGGUGUGGAUGUGGCUUCACAGUUAUCCUCAGCUCCCAAAGGAAAAAUUGCUGGGAAAAAUACCGAGGAUGCUAGCAGUUCCGGGAUAGAUGAACUUGAGAAAAGAUUGGCAGCCCUACGAGGUUGAUAUCAAAUAUCAUACCAUUAUCAUUCAUCAAUGGAGAGCUUUCCGCAACUUUGUUUUUUGUACAUGUUCCAUCAUAUUUCAUGUUUUCAUGUUGAUGUUACUCACAAUUCAUCUUAAAUCAAUGUUUUGUUUUUA